GACGCCUUCUGGAUCAGGCAUAGCAAGACGCCAUCAUGUCGACAAAACGUAGGAAGAUCUCGCACGAAAAUGGGGCGGUAAAGGAGACGUCGGUUGAAGCUCCCAAGGCCAAAUCGAAGACUGAGCCAAUACCAAAGUCGAACGAGCCAUCGCACGAUGCAGGUUCCGACGCCGAAUCCGCGACCGUGGACAAUGCAUCCCGUGAGGGAAACGGGAAGUCUGUCGUCAAGACAUUCCGCGACUUGGGCAUUGUCGAUUCCCUCUGCGAUGCCUGCGAGCGUCUUGGAUACAAGAACCCGACUCCAAUUCAGCAGGAAGCGAUCCCACUUGCUCUGCAGAACCGCGAUAUUAUUGGCAUUGCAGAGACUGGUAGCGGGAAGACGGCAGCAUUCGCCCUCCCGAUCCUCCAAGCCCUUCUCGACAAGCCCCAGCCGCUGUUCGCUCUCGUCCUGGCCCCGACAAGAGAGCUUGCCGCCCAGAUUGCGCAAGCUUUCGAGGCGCUCGGCUCCUUAAUCUCGCUCCGAUGCGCGCUUAUUCUGGGUGGUCUGGAUAUGGUGCAGCAGGCCAUCGCGCUGGGCAAGAAACCGCACGUUGUGGUGGCUACACCCGGUCGGCUGCUCGACCACCUGGAGAAGACCAAGGGCUUCAGCCUUCGUAAUCUCAAAUUCCUUGUUAUGGACGAAGCCGAUCGUCUCCUCGACAUGGACUUCGGCCCGAUCCUGGAAAAGAUCCUCAAAUUCCUCCCCAGGGAACGAAGGACGUUCCUCUUCUCCGCCACCAUGUCCAGCAAAGUCGAGAGCUUGCAACGCGCCAGUCUGCGCGAUCCGCUGAAGGUCAGCAUCUCGUCGUCCAAGUACCAGACCGUCUCGACGCUCGUCCAGAACUACAUCUUCAUCCCACACAUGCACAAGGAUACCUACCUGAUCUACCUGUGCAACGAGUUCGCGGGCCAGACCAUCAUCAUCUUCACCCGCACCGUCCUCGAAACCCAACGGAUCGCCAUCCUGCUCCGCACUCUCGGCAUGGGAGCGAUCCCGCUGCACGGCGGCCUUUCUCAGUCCGCCCGUCUCGGCGCCCUGAACAAGUUCCGUGCCAAGUCGCGCGACAUCCUCGUGGCCACGGACGUUGCCGCGCGUGGUCUCGAUAUCCCCAACGUCGACUGCGUGCUCAACUUCGACCUACCCCAGGACUCCAAGACGUAUGUGCACCGCGUCGGUCGUACCGCGCGUGCUGGUAAGUCGGGGCACGCUAUCAGCUUUGUGACGCAAUACGAUCUCGAAAUAUGGCUGCGCAUCGAAGCAGCGCUGGGCACCAAACUCACCGAGUAUGCCACGGAAAAGGACGAGGUAAUGGUGUUCAAGCCGCGGGUGGAGGAGGCACAGCGGCAUGCCAAGAACGAGAUGAAGCAGCUGUUGGAGGAUCGCGGCAAGAAGGGAUCGGUGCUGAAGGGCGGAAAGGGACGGAAGAGGGGUGCUCCUGCGUCGAGCCGGGAUGAUAUGGAUGCUGAGGAAGGCUAAUGCGUUCGCCCUGUCCUCGGUGGCGUUGGGACGGUUGUCAUACAUUGUUUGUUUCCUUCCACAAGUAUUACCGGUUGGGAUUACAACCCCAUCUUGACGGAGUUUGUUGGAGUGACAUGGCGUCUUUCGGGGGUUACGGACCUGAUAUAACCCGAUACAAUGUUGUUUAGGAAGAAAAUCUAGCUCGAUAGGGGACCAAGAGCAAGCAAACCCUAUAUGCGCUCCGUAUUGAUUAAUCCUAUUCUUCCGAUUCAGUCAACCUUGGAAGGCUGCUGCUUCAUUCACACAACAGACAAGUCAUCAUCUACCCGCCUUCGGUUAACACCCUCGUCCAGUCAAACUUGCGCCACCUCUUCUUGAACCCGUCGACCCGAUCGUCGUUCCGCGUCCACCGCCCCUGGCGCUUGAUCACGUCCGGCUCGGUAUCCAGCAUGCCGCCGAUGACCUCCCUGGCAAACAGGUCCCCCUUCGGCCAGCGGUCGGGAUCCUCGACGAUGUGGGCCAAGCCGCCAUCCAGGUCGAACCAGACGUGGAAGUAGGGCAUCUCCUUGGCCAGGGUGCGGCGGAAGGCCAGCUUGCCGAGCCCUUCCCUGGCCUUCUUGCCCGUGUCGAUGACCUUCUUGUGCUGCGCCCACUCCUCGUCGGCCGCGAGCAUGGCCUCGCGGAAGAAGGCCGGGGCGGUGUCGCCGAGCUCGUAGGGGAUGGGCACGGCGACGAGGGCGGCGUGCAGGCGGCGGUGGGGCGCCGCGGCGUUCUCGUAGAAGAGCACGUCGCGGCCCUGGUCGUGGUACAGGCGCGUCAGGCUCUUCAUGAAGUUGCGCAUCUCCUCCCACUCGUCGUCGUCGCACUCGAGCAAGUUGGUGCGGUGGCUGAGCGGGACGAUGACGGCGCCGCCCUCGGCGCCCGUCAGCUCGGGUGGGGUGGGCAGGGUGAGGUAGGUGCGCGUGGCCAGGGAGAUGACGGGGGCGAGGGGUAGAUUCUGGGGCGGCGGACGGUCGUCCUUGUAGCAGAGAGGGCAGGUGUCGAGGAUGCGGUUCAUCUUCUUGUACUCGGUCACGGCCAUGUUCUUGAGGGCCGCGUCGCUCUUGUGGACGCGCUUGGCCAGCUUGGCGGCGUUCUCGUCGAGGUACUCGAGGUCGUUGUCGAAGCGCGCGUCCCUGGCGAUGCGCUCGGCCAGGCGGAGGCCCUCCCCUCCCGGCUGCCCGCGCGUGCGCCGCUCUUCGCGGACCAUGUCCUCGAUGGACAUGUCCUCGUUGGCCUCGACCUGGCCGCGCUCGACGCCGCGCUUGAUCGUGACCGCUUUGACUUCGCCGCGGGGCCCGGCGAGCAUGCGGUUGUGGGAGACGUCGAGGAUGACGGCGUUAUGGGAGGCCGCGCCAGAGUUGAAGGCGGCCAUGGCAGCGUUGUACUCGGCUUCCAGCUUCGCCGCAUCGGGCGCGUUGCGCAGCUUCGCCUUCAUCAGCUGGGCGCGCAUACGGUUGAGGGUGGAUUGGUCCAUUGGCGGAGCGGGCUGGAUCAUGUCGUCGAUAACCUUGCCCUGCUCGGGCUCGGGCUCGGGCGACCGCGCCGGUGCCGUGUCCGGCCUGGCCUUGGCCAUUCGUUCC